CCCCAGCCGUCCCCAGACCAGGGCGGGGCAGCCGGGGGCGGGGCCUGCGUGGGUUUAAAGCGGGAGGCACCCGGCUCGGGCACCGCGGCGAGCUGAGGGACUGCGAGCGGAACGCUGCGGCGCCGUCCGGGCAGGGAGCAGAAGUGGGUCCUCGCUGAGUUCUGCACGAUGAACGGCCACGCCUCUCCUCUCGAUCUCCUAGUCACCGGUGGCACCGGGCCGACUGCUGUCUCCAAGACCGUGAAGGCCGCGCUGGGAGCUGGCGCCCUGUCUGCACCCCAGGCCAGGAGCAUCGCCGGGGUGUGGGUGGAGGCCUCAGGCCAGGCCCAGGGUCUCUAUGCUGCCAUGAAGCAGGGUCUCCUGCCCUCUGGGCUUGGGCUGGCUCUGCUGGAGGCCCAGGCAGCCACAGGGGGCCUGGUGGACCCCACGCAGGGCCAGCUGCUCCCUGUGUCUGAGGCCCUGCAGCAGGGCCUAGUGGGCCUGGAGCUCAAGGAGAAGCUGCUGGCUGCUGAGCGUGCAGCCACUGGGUACCCUGAUCCCUAUGGGGGCGAGAAGCUGGCCCUCUUCCAGGCCAUUGGGAAGGAGGUGGUAGACAGGGCGCUGGGGUGGAACUGGCUAGAGGCCCAGCUGGCCACUGGGGGCCUGGUGGACCCCAUCCGCAGGGUGCGUGUGGCCCCUGAGCUGGCCUGCCAGCAGGGCCUCCUGGACCAGGAGACGUGGCAUGGGCUGUCGGAACUGGGGCCCGGCUCAACCGGCCUGGGCUUCCUGGACCCUAACACACUGGAGCAGCUGCCCUACAGGGAGUUGCUGGGCAGGUGUGUGCAGGCGCCCGGCACGGGGCUGGCCCUGCUGCCCCUCAGGAUCACGUUCCAUACCCUGGGUGGGGCUGUGAGCUUGGCCGAGCUGCUGGAGGUGGGGGUCUUGGACGAGGAGACGGCCCGAGGCCUGCGGGAGGGCCGGCUGGCGGUGCCAGAUGUGGGUGCACGUGCCGAGGUGCGGCGUUACCUGCAGGGCACCGGCAGUGUGGCUGGGGUCGUCCUGCUGCCCGCAGGGCACAAGAAGAGCUUCUUCCAGGCCGCGGCCGAGCAUCUGCUUCCCACAGGUGCCAUGCUUCUGCUCCUGGAGGCUCAGGCUGCCACCUGCACGCUGGUGGACCCAGCCACUGGCCGGCAGCUGCAGGUGGACGAGGCGGUUCGGGCAGGCCUGGUUGGCCCGGAGCUCCACAGGCAGCUCCAGAUGGCAGAGCAGGCAGUGACGGGCUACCACGACCCGUUCAGCGGCACCCGCGUUCCCCUCUUCCAGGCCAUGAAGAAGGAGUUGGUGGACCAGCCUCUGGCACUCAGGCUCCUGGAUGCCCAGCUGGCCACAGGCGGGCUAGUGUGUCCUGCCCGCCGGCUCCGGCUGCCCGUAGAGGCUGCCCUGAGCCUCGGCUGCCUGGACAAAGAGACUCAGGAGCACCUCUCGAGGGCUGCCAGCUUCUUGGAUCCCGGCACGCAUGAGAGCCUCAGCUACGGGCAGCUGCUGUCCCGCUGCAUCACUGACCUGGAGACGGGGCUGGCGUUCCUGCCCAUCUCAGUGGAGAGCCCUGGGGAGGAGCCCCGGGGGCCCCCGUUCAUCGAGCACAGCACCCGGCAGGUCUUGAGUGCUGCCACGGCCACUGUCUCUGCGGGCAGGUUCCAGGGCCGGCCUGUGUCGCUCUGGGAGCUGCUCUUCUCUGAGGCAGUCCCCAUGGAGCAGAGGGUGAUGCUGACCCAGCAGCACAGGGAUGGGGCCCUCUCAGUGGAGGAGCUGGCGGCUGUGCUGAGGGCCACCCACGAGCAGGCUGCAGCCACCGCCAGAACCACCUUUGCUGGGCUCAGGGUCCCUGUGACUCCAGGAGAGCUGCUGAGAGCAGAGAUCAUCGGCCAGGAUGUUUAUGAACAGCUAGAACGUGGCCAGACCACGGCCAAGGACGUGGCCAGCCUGGACUCGGUGCAGAGGUACUUGCAAGGCACUGGCUGCAUCGCUGGCUUGCUGCUGCCUGGGUCCCAGGAGCCCCUCAGCAUCCACGAGGCUUACAGGAAGGGGCUGCUCAGGCCGGGCACGGCGCUCAUCCUCCUGGAGGCGCAGGCAGCCACUGGCUUCAUCAUUGAUCCCAAAGAGAACAGGAGAUACUCAGUGGAGGAGGCACUGAGGGCUGGCAUCAUCGGGCCCGAGGUGUUUGCCAAGCUGCUGUCAGCUGAGCGCGCGGUCACCGGCUACACCGACCCCUACACCGGGGAGCAGAUCUCCCUCUUCCAGGCCAUGAAGAAGGACCUCAUCGUGCGUGAGCACGGCAUCCGCCUGCUGGAGGCCCAGAUCGCCACGGGUGGCAUCAUUGACCCCGUGCACAGCCACCGCGUGCCCGUGGACGUGGCCUACCAGCGCGGCUACUUCGACGAGGCGCUGAACCUGAUCCUGGCCGACCCCAGUGACGACACCAAGGGCUUCUUCGACCCCAACACGCAUGAGAACCUCACGUAUAUGCAGCUGCUGGAGCGCUGCAUGCGCGACCCCAACACGGGGCUCUAUCUGCUGCCACUUACAAGUGCGCGGACCCUGCUGGUAGAUGAGGCCACCCGGCAGGCCUUCCGGAGCCUGCUGCUGUCGGUGCAGCACGGGCGGUUCCGGGGACAGAGAGUGUCUGCGUGGGAGUUGGUCAACUCGGAGUAUGUCAGCGAGGCACGCCGGCGGUGGCUGCUACAGAGCUUCCGGCGGCACCAGGUGUCCCUGGAAGAGGUCUCAAAACUGCUGGAGAGGGAGGUGGAAAGCCGGGCAGACGUCAUCCUCCCCAUGCUGCGGGGCCGGGUGACUGCCUGCCAGCUCCGGGAGGCUGGCGUCGUCGACCAGGAGGUCCUGGGCUGCGUGCUGGCGGGAACGCUCAGUGCUGAGGCCCUGUUCCGCAUGGAGAGCGUCCGCAGGUUCCUGUGCGGCUCGGGCGCCGUGGGUGGCGUGCUCCUGCAGCCCUCCACCCGGCGGCUCAGCCUCUACGAGGCCAUGAAGCACAAGCUGCUGGGGCCAGGAGUGGCCCUGGCCCUGCUGGAGGCCCAGGCAGCCACGGGGACCAUGACCGACCCCCACAGUCUGGAGACCGUGUCCUUGGAUGAGGCUGUGUGCAGGGGGCUUGUGGGGCCAGAGCUCUACAGCAGGCUGACCUGGGCUGAGCGCGCUGUCAAGGGCUUCCCAGACCCCUUCUCUGGAAAGCUGCUGUCCCUGUUCCAGGCCAUGAAGAAGGGCCUUGUCCCUGUGGAGCAGGCCACCCGCCUCCUGGAGGCUCAGGUGGCCACGGGCGGGGUCAUCGACCCCACUGGGCAUCACCACCUCCCCAUGCUCGUGGCCUUGCAGCGUGGCUACAUCGACCAGGAGAUGGUGUUGGCCUUGUCUGACUCAAAGACCUUCCCCACGCCUGACGGUCAGGGACACACCAGCUAUGCCCAGCUUCUGGAGCAGUGUGUAAAAGACGAGGCCUCUGGCCUUCACUUCUUGCCCCUGCCAGAAAGCGCCCCUGUCGUCCCCACAGAUGAGCAGGUGCAGGAGACCCUGAAGGCCACGCAGGGGGCUGAGGAUGGCACGUCUCUCUGGGAGCUGCUGGAGUCCUGCCACUUCACUGAGGAGCAGCGGAGGGGCUUCCUGGAGGACUUCAGGGAGGGGAGGACCACGACACAGCAGCUGCAGGCGGCCGUGCGGAGGCAGGUGCAGGAGGCGGAGCUCCUGGCGAGGGCCUGCGUCAUGCUGCCCGGCCCCCGCGGUGGGGUGCCCGCCGUCUGGCUGCUGGACGCUGGAGUCAUCACCCGGGAGACCCUGGAGGCGCUGGCACGGGGCAUGCAAUCACCUGCCGAGGUUGCUGAGCAGCCAACGGUGCGGGCCUGCCUGUGGGGCACGGGCUGUGUGGCCGGGGUGCUGCUGCAGCCCUCAGGGGCCAAAGUGAGCGUCGCCCAGGCCAUGAGGGAUGGCCUCCUGCCUGCUGGCCUGGGGCAGAGACUACUGGAGGCCCAGGUGGCGUCUGGCUCUCUUGUGGAUCCUUUGACCAACCAGAAACUGUCGGUGGAGGAGGCAGUCAAGGCUGGGCUGGUGGCUGGGGCUCUGAGUGAGCGGCUCCAGCUGGUUGAGAAGGCAGUGGCUGGGUACACGGACCCCUGCUCGGGAGGCUCCCUCUCACUGUGGCAGGCAGUGGAAAAGGGGCUCGUGCCUUGGAGUGAGGGCCUCCCGCUCCUGCAGGCGCAGUUGGCCACAGGGGGUGCGGUGGACCCCGUCCACAGGGUGCACCUGCCCCAGGCGGCAGCCUGCAGGCUCGGCCUCCUGGACGAGCAGACAAGCAGGAUGCUAACCUCAAUGGAUGAGGACAGCAAAUUCUUCUUCGACCCUGGCACACGGGACAAGGUGACCUACGGACAGCUCAAGGAGCGCUGUGUCCUGGAUGCCGACACUGGCUUGUGGCUGCUGCCACUCUCCCAGGACAUGGUGCUAGAGGUGGAUGACCACACAGCAGUGGCCCUGAGGGCCAUGAAGGUGCCAGUUGGGGCAGGGAGGUUCAGAGGGCUCAGCAUCUCACUCUGGGACCUGCUGCAUUCAGAGUAUGUAGGGCUCCACAAGCGGCGGGAGCUGGCAGCACUCUGCCAGUCUGGAAGGGCCACGGCCCUGCGGCAGGUGGUCACUGCGGUCACCACCCUGGUUGAGGCCUCAGAAAGGCAGCCCUCACAGGCCACCUUCAGGGGACUCCGGAAGCAGCUGUCAGCCAACGACCUGUUCAGGUCCCAGCUGAUCGACAGGAAGACGCUGGAUGAGCUGAGUCAAGGGAAGAAGACCGUGCAGGAGGUGGCGGAGAUGGACCACGUGCGGCGGUACUUGGAAGGCGGCAGCUUCAUCGCUGGGGUUCUCAUCCAGGACACCAAGGAGAAGAUGAGCAUCUCAGAAGCUCUGAGAAGAAACGUCCUGCGGCCGGGCACAGCCCUGGUGCUGCUGGAGGCACAGGCGGCCACGGGCUUCCUCAUUGACCCUGUGGAGAACCGGAAGCUGACUGUGCAGGAGGCAUUUGCGGCAGGGAUGUUUGGCAGGGAAACCUACCAGAAGCUGCUGUCGGCUGAGCGCGCGGUCACCGGCUACACCGACCCCUACACCGGGGAACAGAUCUCCCUCUUCCAGGCCAUGAAGAAGGACCUCAUCGUGCGCGAGCACGGCAUCCGCCUGCUGGAGGCCCAGAUCGCCACGGGCGGCAUCAUCGACCCCGUGCACAGCCACCGCGUGCCCGUGGACGUGGCCUACCAGCGCGGCUACUUUGACGAGGAGAUGAACCGCGUGCUGGAGGACCCCAGCGACGACACCAAGGGCUUCUUCGACCCCAACACGCACGAGAACCUCACUUACCUGCAGCUGCUGGAGCGCUGCGUGGAGGACCCCGAGACAGGGCUCUACAUGCUGCAAGUCGUAAAGAAAGGAGAAACCUACGUGUACAUCGAUGAAGCCACAAAGCAAGCCCUGCGGUCAAAAACUACCAAAAUGCACGUGGGCAUGUUUGCCCAGCAGGUGGUCUCCUUCUGGGACCUGCUGUCCUCGCCAUACUUCACAGAGGAAAGGAAGAAGGAGCUUGUCCAGGGGUACAAAGCCAGGGAUGUCAGCUUACAGCAGCUGCUGAAGGUCAUCACCACAACGGUCGAAGAAACAGAACAGCAAAACAAGGGCAUCAGGCUGGCAGCCAUUGGAGGAGAGGUGACAGCUGCAGAGCUGUUCAACUCAGGAAUCAUUGAUAAGAAGACACUGGAUGCGCUACACGAGGGAACCGGGGGACAGGACCUCCGCCGCCUGCCACACGUAAAGGUCUAUUUGGAAGGCAGUGGCUGCAUUGCAGGGCUAACCACGCCCUCCACCCGUGAGGUGCUGAGCUUCUAUGAGGCCAGCAGGAAAGGGCUCAUCCCCAUGGGAUUUGCAGCCCAGCUACUGGAGGCUCAGGCGGCCACAGGGUUCCUGCUGGACCCCCACAGCCACCAGAGGCUCUCCGUGGAUGAGGCUGUGGCCGCUGGCCUGGUGGGUGAAGAACUGCAGGAGAGACUCCUAAAUGCUGAGAAGGCCGCCAGGGGAUACACAGACCCAGACACAGGACUCACCAUGUCCUUGUUCCAGGCAAUGCAGAGGAAGCUGGUGAAACGGGAGUUGGCACUCAGACUGCUCGAGGUGCAGAUGGCCACGGGGGGCAUCGUGGACCCGCAGCACCACCACCGGCUUCCACUGGAUGCUGCCUACAGACGCGGCUGUCUGGACCAGGACACGUACCCGCUGGUGGCAGAGCAGAAGUGCAUGAAUAAACGGUUUGUGGAUCCCAACACUCAGGAGAAGGUGACUUACCAGGAACUGCAGGAGAGGAGCCGCCGAGAUGAGAAGACGGGCUGGGCUCUGUUCCCAGUGCUCGAGCAUGAACAGGAAUCACAGUUCAUCGAUGAGGACACCAGACGAGCGCUUGAGGCUGAGCGGGUAGACGUCAGAGUGGGGCGGUUUAAAGGCCAGAGGCCAUCAGUCUGGGAAUUGCUGAACUCUGAAUACGUGACAGAGAACAAAAAACUAGAGUUAGUACAAAAAUACAAGAGAGACACAGCACAUGCAUUAGAAAAGGUGGUAAAAGUGAUCUUUGAGAUAAUCAGUGAGAAGGAAAAGAACAAUAAACAGCUAUGGUUCAGAGGAAUCAGGAAACAGAUCACAGCCUCUGAACUGAUGACUUCAUCCAUCAUCACCAAGGAGACGCUACAGGCCCUGGAGUCUGGGCAGGCCUCUGUAGACGCCAUCACAAAGACCGAGGCAGUGAGGCGCUACCUGGAGGGCACCGGCUGCAUCGCGGGCGUGCUGGUCCCCGCCAAGGACGAGCCCGGGCGCCAGGAGAAGAUGAGCAUCUACCAGGCCAUGUGGAAGGGCGUCCUGCGGCCGGGCACGGCCCUGGUGCUGCUGGAGGCGCAGGCGGCCACGGGCUUCGUCAUCGACCCCGUGCGCAACCAGAAGCUGUCCGUGGAGGAGGCGGUGGCCGCGGGCGUGGUGGGCGGCGAGCUCCAGGAGAAGCUGCUGUCGGCCGAGCGCGCGGUCACCGGCUACACCGACCCCUACACCGGGCAGCAGAUCUCCCUCUUCCAGGCCAUGAAGAAGGACCUCAUCGUGCGCGAGCACGGCAUCCGCCUGCUGGAGGCCCAGAUCGCCACGGGCGGCGUCAUCGACCCCGUGCACAGCCACCGCGUGCCCGUGGACGUGGCCUACCAGCGCGGCUACUUCGACGAGGAGAUGAACCGCGUGCUGGAGGACCCCAGCGACGACACCAAGGGCUUCUUCGACCCCAACACCCACGAGAACCUCACGUACGUGCAGCUGCUGCGGCGCUGCGUGCGCGACCCCGACACGGGGCUCUACAUGCUGCAGCUGGCCGGCCGGGGCUCCGCCCUCCACCAGCUGGGCGAGGAGCUGCGCGCCGCCCUGCGCGACACCCGCGUGACGCUGGGCGCCGGCCUCCCGCGGGGCCAGCGCGUCUCCGUGUGGGAGCUCCUCUUCUACCGCGAGGUGUCCGAGAGUCAGCGGCAGGACCUGCUGCGCCGGUACCGGGCGGGCUCGCUGACCGCGCAGGAGGUGGGCGCCGCCCUCGUCUCGCUGCUGGCCGAGGCCGAGGCCGAGGCCGCGCGCCCCGGCGCCCCGGACCCUCGGGGGGCGCUGCGUGCCGCCACCAUGGAGGUCCGGGUGGGCCGCCUGCGGGGGCCCGCGGUGCCCGUGUGGGACGUGCUGGCCUCCGGCUACGUGAGCGCCGCCACGCGGGAGCAGCUGCUGGCCGAGUUCGGGGCGGGGACGCUGGGCUUGCCCGCCCUGACCCGCAGGCUGACCACCAUCAUCGAGGAGGCUGAGGCGGCCCCCUCCCAAGGGGGCGGAGCCUCCGGGCAGCGGGAGCCCGGGCCCCAGGGGCCGGGCGAGGGGGCCGACGCGGGACCCUCCUCCGGCCAGGACGCCGAGGAUGCCGCGGACGCCGCCAGGGCCCUGCAGGAGCAGGCCCUGCGCGCCGCCACCAUGGAGGUGCGCGUCGGGCGGUUCCAGGGCCGGCGCGUCUCCGUGUGGGAGGUCCUCUUCUCCUCCUACCUGAGCCAGGCCCGCCGGGACGAGCUGCUGGCCCAGCACGCGGCCGGCGCCCUGGCCCUGCCCGCCCUGGUCGCCGUCCUCACCCAGCUCAUCGAGGAGACGGAGGAGCGGCUGAGCAAGGUGUCCUUCCGGGGCCUGAGGCGCCAGGUGUCGGCCUCCGAGCUGCACACGUCCGGGAUCCUGGGCCCCGAGACCCUGCGGGACCUGGCCCAGGGCACCAAGACCCUGCAGGAGGUGACGGAGAUGGACUCGGUGAAGCGCUACCUGGAGGGCACCGGCUGCAUCGCGGGCGUGCUGGUCCCCGCCAAGGACGAGCCCGGGCGCCAGGAGAAGAUGAGCAUCUACCAGGCCAUGUGGAAGGGCGUCCUGCGGCCGGGCACGGCCCUGGUGCUGCUGGAGGCGCAGGCGGCCACGGGCUUCGUCAUCGACCCCGUGCGCAACCAGAAGCUGUCCGUGGAGGAGGCGGUGGCCGCGGGCGUGGUGGGCGGCGAGCUCCAGGAGAAGCUGCUGUCGGCCGAGCGCGCGGUCACCGGCUACACCGACCCCUACACCGGGCAGCAGAUCUCCCUCUUCCAGGCCAUGAAGAAGGACCUCAUCGUGCGCGAGCACGGCAUCCGCCUGCUGGAGGCCCAGAUCGCCACGGGCGGCGUCAUCGACCCCGUGCACAGCCACCGCGUGCCCGUGGACGUGGCCUACCAGCGCGGCUACUUCGACGAGGAGAUGAACCGCGUGCUGGAGGACCCCAGCGACGACACCAAGGGCUUCUUCGACCCCAACACCCACGAGAACCUCACGUACGUGCAGCUGCUGCGGCGCUGCGUGCGCGACCCCGACACGGGGCUCUACAUGCUGCAGCUGGCCGGCCGGGGCUCCGCCCUCCACCAGCUGGGCGAGGAGCUGCGCGCCGCCCUGCGCGACACCCGCGUGACGCUGGGCGCCGGCCUCCCGCGGGGCCAGCGCGUCUCCGUGUGGGAGCUCCUCUUCUACCGCGAGGUGUCCGAGAGUCAGCGGCAGGACCUGCUGCGCCGGUACCGGGCGGGCUCGCUGACCGCGCAGGAGGUGGGCGCCGCCCUCGUCUCGCUGCUGGCCGAGGCCGAGGCCGAGGCCGCGCGCCCCGGCGCCCCGGACCCUCGGGGGGCGCUGCGUGCCGCCACCAUGGAGGUCCGGGUGGGCCGCCUGCGGGGGCCCGCGGUGCCCGUGUGGGACGUGCUGGCCUCCGGCUACGUGAGCGCCGCCACGCGGGAGCAGCUGCUGGCCGAGUUCGGGGCGGGGACGCUGGGCUUGCCCGCCCUGACCCGCAGGCUGACCACCAUCAUCGAGGAGGCUGAGGCGGCCCCCUCCCAAGGGGGCGGAGCCUCCGGGCAGCGGGAGCCCGGGCCCCAGGGGCCGGGCGAGGGGGCCGACGCGGGACCCUCCUCCGGCCAGGACGCCGAGGAUGCCGCGGACGCCGCCAGGGCCCUGCAGGAGCAGGCCCUGCGCGCCGCCACCAUGGAGGUGCGCGUCGGGCGGUUCCAGGGCCGGCGCGUCUCCGUGUGGGAGGUCCUCUUCUCCUCCUACCUGAGCCAGGCCCGCCGGGACGAGCUGCUGGCCCAGCACGCGGCCGGCGCCCUGGCCCUGCCCGCCCUGGUCGCCGUCCUCACCCAGCUCAUCGAGGAGACGGAGGAGCGGCUGAGCAAGGUGUCCUUCCGGGGCCUGAGGCGCCAGGUGUCGGCCUCCGAGCUGCACACGUCCGGGAUCCUGGGCCCCGAGACCCUGCGGGACCUGGCCCAGGGCACCAAGACCCUGCAGGAGGUGACGGAGAUGGACUCGGUGAAGCGCUACCUGGAGGGCACCAGCUGCAUCGCGGGCGUGCUGGUCCCCGCCAAGGACGAGCCCGGGCGCCAGGAGAAGAUGAGCAUCUACCAGGCCAUGUGGAAGGGCGUCCUGCGGCCGGGCACGGCCCUGGUGCUGCUGGAGGCGCAGGCGGCCACGGGCUUCGUCAUCGACCCCGUGCGCAACCAGAAGCUGUCCGUGGAGGAGGCGGUGGCCGCGGGCGUGGUGGGCGGCGAGCUCCAGGAGAAGCUGCUGUCGGCCGAGCGCGCGGUCACCGGCUACACCGACCCCUACACCGGGCAGCAGAUCUCCCUCUUCCAGGCCAUGAAGAAGGACCUCAUCGUGCGCGAGCACGGCAUCCGCCUGCUGGAGGCCCAGAUCGCCACGGGCGGCGUCAUCGACCCCGUGCACAGCCACCGCGUGCCCGUGGACGUGGCCUACCAGCGCGGCUACUUCGACGAGGAGAUGAACCGCGUGCUGGAGGACCCCAGCGACGACACCAAGGGCUUCUUCGACCCCAACACCCACGAGAACCUCACGUACGUGCAGCUGCUGCGGCGCUGCGUGCGCGACCCCGACACGGGGCUCUACAUGCUGCAGCUGGCCGGCCGGGGCUCCGCCCUCCACCAGCUGGGCGAGGAGCUGCGCGCCGCCCUGCGCGACACCCGCGUGACGCUGGGCGCCGGCCUCCCGCGGGGCCAGCGCGUCUCCGUGUGGGAGCUCCUCUUCUACCGCGAGGUGUCCGAGAGUCAGCGGCAGGACCUGCUGCGCCGGUACCGGGCGGGCUCGCUGACCGCGCAGGAGGUGGGCGCCGCCCUCGUCUCGCUGCUGGCCGAGGCCGAGGCCGAGGCCGCGCGCCCCGGCGCCCCGGACCCUCGGGGGGCGCUGCGUGCCGCCACCAUGGAGGUCCGGGUGGGCCGCCUGCGGGGGCCCGCGGUGCCCGUGUGGGACGUGCUGGCCUCCGGCUACGUGAGCGCCGCCACGCGGGAGCAGCUGCUGGCCGAGUUCGGGGCGGGGACGCUGGGCUUGCCCGCCCUGACCCGCAGGCUGACCACCAUCAUCGAGGAGGCUGAGGCGGCCCCCUCCCAAGGGGGCGGAGCCUCCGGGCAGCGGGAGCCCGGGCCCCAGGGGCCGGGCGAGGGGGCCGACGCGGGACCCUCCUCCGGCCAGGACGCCGAGGAUGCCGCGGACGCCGCCAGGGCCCUGCAGGAGCAGGCCCUGCGCGCCGCCACCAUGGAGGUGCGCGUCGGGCGGUUCCAGGGCCGGCGCGUCUCCGUGUGGGAGGUCCUCUUCUCCUCCUACCUGAGCCAGGCCCGCCGGGACGAGCUGCUGGCCCAGCACGCGGCCGGCGCCCUGGCCCUGCCCGCCCUGGUCGCCGUCCUCACCCAGCUCAUCGAGGAGACGGAGGAGCGGCUGAGCAAGGUGUCCUUCCGGGGCCUGAGGCGCCAGGUGUCGGCCUCCGAGCUGCACACGUCCGGGAUCCUGGGCCCCGAGACCCUGCGGGACCUGGCCCAGGGCACCAAGACCCUGCAGGAGGUGACGGAGAUGGACUCGGUGAAGCGCUACCUGGAGGGCACCAGCUGCAUCGCGGGCGUGCUGGUCCCCGCCAAGGACGAGCCCGGGCGCCAGGAGAAGAUGAGCAUCUACCAGGCCAUGUGGAAGGGCGUCCUGCGGCCGGGCACGGCCCUGGUGCUGCUGGAGGCGCAGGCGGCCACGGGCUUCGUCAUCGACCCCGUGCGCAACCAGAAGCUGUCCGUGGAGGAGGCGGUGGCCGCGGGCGUGGUGGGCGGCGAGCUCCAGGAGAAGCUGCUGUCGGCCGAGCGCGCGGUCACCGGCUACACCGACCCCUACACCGGGCAGCAGAUCUCCCUCUUCCAGGCCAUGAAGAAGGACCUCAUCGUGCGCGAGCACGGCAUCCGCCUGCUGGAGGCCCAGAUCGCCACGGGCGGCGUCAUCGACCCCGUGCACAGCCACCGCGUGCCCGUGGACGUGGCCUACCAGCGCGGCUACUUCGACGAGGAGAUGAACCGCGUGCUGGAGGACCCCAGCGACGACACCAAGGGCUUCUUCGACCCCAACACCCACGAGAACCUCACGUACGUGCAGCUGCUGCGGCGCUGCGUGCGCGACCCCGACACGGGGCUCUACAUGCUGCAGCUGGCCGGCCGGGGCUCCGCCCUCCACCAGCUGGGCGAGGAGCUGCGCGCCGCCCUGCGCGCCGCCACCAUGGAGGUGCGCGUCGGGCGGUUCCAGGGCCGGCGCGUCUCCGUGUGGGAGGUCCUCUUCUCCUCCUACCUGAGCCAGGCCCGCCGGGACGAGCUGCUGGCCCAGCACGCGGCCGGCGCCCUGGCCCUGCCCGCCCUGGUCGCCGUCCUCACCCAGCUCAUCGAGGAGACGGAGGAGCGGCUGAGCAAGGUGUCCUUCCGGGGCCUGAGGCGCCAGGUGUCGGCCUCCGAGCUGCACACGUCCGGGAUCCUGGGCCCCGAGACCCUGCGGGACCUGGCCCAGGGCACCAAGACCCUGCAGGAGGUGACGGAGAUGGACUCGGUGAAGCGCUACCUGGAGGGCACCAGCUGCAUCGCGGGCGUGCUGGUCCCCGCCAAGGACGAGCCCGGGCGCCAGGAGAAGAUGAGCAUCUACCAGGCCAUGUGGAAGGGCGUCCUGCGGCCGGGCACGGCCCUGGUGCUGCUGGAGGCGCAGGCGGCCACGGGCUUCGUCAUCGACCCCGUGCGCAACCAGAAGCUGUCCGUGGAGGAGGCGGUGGCCGCGGGCGUGGUGGGCGGCGAGCUCCAGGAGAAGCUGCUGUCGGCCGAGCGCGCGGUCACCGGCUACACCGACCCCUACACCGGGCAGCAGAUCUCCCUCUUCCAGGCCAUGAAGAAGGACCUCAUCGUGCGCGAGCACGGCAUCCGCCUGCUGGAGGCCCAGAUCGCCACGGGCGGCGUCAUCGACCCCGUGCACAGCCACCGCGUGCCCGUGGACGUGGCCUACCAGCGCGGCUACUUCGACGAGGAGAUGAACCGCGUGCUGGAGGACCCCAGCGACGACACCAAGGGCUUCUUCGACCCCAACACCCACGAGAACCUCACGUACGUGCAGCUGCUGCGGCGCUGCGUGCGCGACCCCGACACGGGGCUCUACAUGCUGCAGCUGGCCGGCCGGGGCUCCGCCCUCCACCAGCUGGGCGAGGAGCUGCGCGCCGCCCUGCGCGACACCCGCGUGACGCUGGGCGCCGGCCUCCCGCGGGGCCAGCGCGUCUCCGUGUGGGAGCUCCUCUUCUACCGCGAGGUGUCCGAGAGUCAGCGGCAGGACCUGCUGCGCCGGUACCGGGCGGGCUCGCUGACCGCGCAGGAGGUGGGCGCCGCCCUCGUCUCGCUGCUGGCCGAGGCCGAGGCCGAGGCCGCGCGCCCCGGCGCCCCGGACCCUCGGGGGGCGCUGCGUGCCGCCACCAUGGAGGUCCGGGUGGGCCGCCUGCGGGGGCCCGCGGUGCCCGUGUGGGACGUGCUGGCCUCCGGCUACGUGAGCGCCGCCACGCGGGAGCAGCUGCUGGCCGAGUUCGGGGCGGGGACGCUGGGCUUGCCCGCCCUGACCCGCAGGCUGACCACCAUCAUCGAGGAGGCUGAGGCGGCCCCCUCCCAAGGGGGCGGAGCCUCCGGGCAGCGGGAGCCCGGGCCCCAGGGGCCGGGCGAGGGGGCCGACGCGGGACCCUCCUCCGGCCAGGACGCCGAGGAUGCCGCGGACGCCGCCAGGGCCCUGCAGGAGCAGGCCCUGCGCGCCGCCACCAUGGAGGUGCGCGUCGGGCGGUUCCAGGGCCGGCGCGUCUCCGUGUGGGAGGUCCUCUUCUCCUCCUACCUGAGCCAGGCCCGCCGGGACGAGCUGCUGGCCCAGCACGCGGCCGGCGCCCUGGCCCUGCCCGCCCUGGUCGCCGUCCUCACCCAGCUCAUCGAGGAGACGGAGGAGCGGCUGAGCAAGGUGUCCUUCCGGGGCCUGAGGCGCCAGGUGUCGGCCUCCGAGCUGCACACGUCCGGGAUCCUGGGCCCCGAGACCCUGCGGGACCUGGCCCAGGGCACCAAGACCCUGCAGGAGGUGACGGAGAUGGACUCGGUGAAGCGCUACCUGGAGGGCACCAGCUGCAUCGCGGGCGUGCUGGUCCCCGCCAAGGACGAGCCCGGGCGCCAGGAGAAGAUGAGCAUCUACCAGGCCAUGUGGAAGGGCGUCCUGCGGCCGGGCACGGCCCUGGUGCUGCUGGAGGCGCAGGCGGCCACGGGCUUCGUCAUCGACCCCGUGCGCAACCAGAAGCUGUCCGUGGAGGAGGCGGUGGCCGCGGGCGUGGUGGGCGGCGAGCUCCAGGAGAAGCUGCUGUCGGCCGAGCGCGCGGUCACCGGCUACACCGACCCCUACACCGGGCAGCAGAUCUCCCUCUUCCAGGCCAUGAAGAAGGACCUCAUCGUGCGCGAGCACGGCAUCCGCCUGCUGGAGGCCCAGAUCGCCACGGGCGGCGUCAUCGACCCCGUGCACAGCCACCGCGUGCCCGUGGACGUGGCCUACCAGCGCGGCUACUUCGACGAGGAGAUGAACCGCGUGCUGGAGGACCCCAGCGACGACACCAAGGGCUUCUUCGACCCCAACACCCACGAGAACCUCACGUACGUGCAGCUGCUGCGGCGCUGCGUGCGCGACCCCGACACGGGGCUCUACAUGCUGCAGCUGGCCGGCCGGGGCUCCGCCCUCCACCAGCUGGGCGAGGAGCUGCGCGCCGCCCUGCGCGACACCCGCGUGACGCUGGGCGCCGGCCUCCCGCGGGGCCAGCGCGUCUCCGUGUGGGAGCUCCUCUUCUACCGCGAGGUGUCCGAGAGUCAGCGGCAGGACCUGCUGCGCCGGUACCGGGCGGGCUCGCUGACCGCGCAGGAGGUGGGCGCCGCCCUCGUCUCGCUGCUGGCCGAGGCCGAGGCCGAGGCCGCGCGCCCCGGCGCCCCGGACCCUCGGGGGGCGCUGCGUGCCGCCACCAUGGAGGUCCGGGUGGGCCGCCUGCGGGGGCCCGCGGUGCCCGUGUGGGACGUGCUGGCCUCCGGCUACGUGAGCGCCGCCACGCGGGAGCAGCUGCUGGCCGAGUUCGGGGCGGGGACGCUGGGCUUGCCCGCCCUGACCCGCAGGCUGACCACCAUCAUCGAGGAGGCUGAGGCGGCCCCCUCCCAAGGGGGCGGAGCCUCCGGGCAGCGGGAGCCCGGGCCCCAGGGGCCGGGCGAGGGGGCCGACGCGGGACCCUCCUCCGGCCAGGACGCCGAGGAUGCCGCGGACGCCGCCAGGGCCCUGCAGGAGCAGGCCCUGCGCGCCGCCACCAUGGAGGUGCGCGUCGGGCGGUUCCAGGGCCGGCGCGUCUCCGUGUGGGAGGUCCUCUUCUCCUCCUACCUGAGCCAGGCCCGCCGGGACGAGCUGCUGGCCCAGCACGCGGCCGGCGCCCUGGCCCUGCCCGCCCUGGUCGCCGUCCUCACCCAGCUCAUCGAGGAGACGGAGGAGCGGCUGAGCAAGGUGUCCUUCCGGGGCCUGAGGCGCCAGGUGUCGGCCUCCGAGCUGCACACGUCCGGGAUCCUGGGCCCCGAGACCCUGCGGGACCUGGCCCAGGGCACCAAGACCCUGCAGGAGGUGACGGAGAUGGACUCGGUGAAGCGCUACCUGGAGGGCACCAGCUGCAUCGCGGGCGUGCUGGUCCCCGCCAAGGACGAGCCCGGGCGCCAGGAGAAGAUGAGCAUCUACCAGGCCAUGUGGAAGGGCGUCCUGCGGCCGGGCACGGCCCUGGUGCUGCUGGAGGCGCAGGCGGCCACGGGCUUCGUCAUCGACCCCGUGCGCAACCAGAAGCUGUCCGUGGAGGAGGCGGUGGCCGCGGGCGUGGUGGGCGGCGAGCUCCAGGAGAAGCUGCUGUCGGCCGAGCGCGCGGUCACCGGCUACACCGACCCCUACACCGGGCAGCAGAUCUCCCUCUUCCAGGCCAUGAAGAAGGACCUCAUCGUGCGCGAGCACGGCAUCCGCCUGCUGGAGGCCCAGAUCGCCACGGGCGGCGUCAUCGACCCCGUGCACAGCCACCGCGUGCCCGUGGACGUGGCCUACCAGCGCGGCUACUUCGACGAGGAGAUGAACCGCGUGCUGGAGGACCCCAGCGACGACACCAAGGGCUUCUUCGACCCCAACACCCACGAGAACCUCACGUACGUGCAGCUGCUGCGGCGCUGCGUGCGCGACCCCGACACGGGGCUCUACAUGCUGCAGCUGGCCGGCCGGGGCUCCGCCCUCCACCAGCUGGGCGAGGAGCUGCGCGCCGCCCUGCGCGACACCCGCGUGACGCUGGGCGCCGGCCUCCCGCGGGGCCAGCGCGUCUCCGUGUGGGAGCUCCUCUUCUACCGCGAGGUGUCCGAGAGUCAGCGGCAGGACCUGCUGCGCCGGUACCGGGCGGGCUCGCUGACCGCGCAGGAGGUGGGCGCCGCCCUCGUCUCGCUGCUGGCCGAGGCCGAGGCCGAGGCCGCGCGCCCCGGCGCCCCGGACCCUCGGGGGGCGCUGCGUGCCGCCACCAUGGAGGUCCGGGUGGGCCGCCUGCGGGGGCCCGCGGUGCCCGUGUGGGACGUGCUGGCCUCCGGCUACGUGAGCGCCGCCACGCGGGAGCAGCUGCUGGCCGAGUUCGGGGCGGGGACGCUGGGCUUGCCCGCCCUGACCCGCAGGCUGACCACCAUCAUCGAGGAGGCUGAGGCGGCCCCCUCCCAAGGGGGCGGAGCCUCCGGGCAGCGGGAGCCCGGGCCCCAGGGGCCGGGCGAGGGGGCCGACGCGGGACCCUCCUCCGGCCAGGACGCCGAGGAUGCCGCGGACGCCGCCAGGGCCCUGCAGGAGCAGGCCCUGCGCGCCGCCACCAUGGAGGUGCGCGUCGGGCGGUUCCAGGGCCGGCGCGUCUCCGUGUGGGAGGUCCUCUUCUCCUCCUACCUGAGCCAGGCCCGCCGGGACGAGCUGCUGGCCCAGCACGCGGCCGGCGCCCUGGCCCUGCCCGCCCUGGUCGCCGUCCUCACCCAGCUCAUCGAGGAGACGGAGGAGCGGCUGAGCAAGGUGUCCUUCCGGGGCCUGAGGCGCCAGGUGUCGGCCUCCGAGCUGCACACGUCCGGGAUCCUGGGCCCCGAGACCCUGCGGGACCUGGCCCAGGGCACCAAGACCCUGCAGGAGGUGACGGAGAUGGACUCGGUGAAGCGCUACCUGGAGGGCACCAGCUGCAUCGCGGGCGUGCUGGUCCCCGCCAAGGACGAGCCCGGGCGCCAGGAGAAGAUGAGCAUCUACCAGGCCAUGUGGAAGGGCGUCCUGCGGCCGGGCACGGCCCUGGUGCUGCUGGAGGCGCAGGCGGCCACGGGCUUCGUCAUCGACCCCGUGCGCAACCAGAAGCUGUCCGUGGAGGAGGGCGUGGCCGCGGGCGUGGUGGGCGGCGAGCUCCAGGAGAAGCUGCUGUCGGCCGAGCGCGCGGUCACCGGCAUGAAGAAGGACCUCAUCAUGCGCGAGCACGGCAUCCGCCUGCUGGAGCGCGGCUACUUCGACGAGGAGAUGAACCGCGUGCUGGAGGACCCCAGCGACGACACCAAGGGCUUCUUCGACCCCAACACCCACGAGAACCUCACGUACGUGCAGCUGCUGCGGCGCUGCGUGCGCGACCCCGACACGGGGCUCUACAUGCUGCAGCUGGCCGGCCGGGGCUCCGCCCUCCACCAGCUGGGCGAGGAGCUGCGCGCCGCCCUGCGCGACACCCGCGUGACGCUGGGCGCCGGCCUCCCGCGGGGCCAGCGCGUCUCCGUGUGGGAGCUCCUCUUCUACCGCGAGGUGUCCGAGAGUCAGCGGCAGGACCUGCUGCGCCGGUACCGGGCGGGCUCGCUGACCGCGCAGGAGGUGGGCGCCGCCCUCGUCUCGCUGCUGGCCGAGGCCGAGGCCGAGGCCGCGCGCCCCGGCGCCCCGGACCCUCGGGGGGCGCUGCGUGCCGCCACCAUGGAGGUCCGGGUGGGCCGCCUGCGGGGGCCCGCGGUGCCCGUGUGGGACGUGCUGGCCUCCGGCUACGUGAGCGCCGCCACGCGGGAGCAGCUGCUGGCCGAGUUCGGGGCGGGGACGCUGGGCUUGCCCGCCCUGACCCGCAGGCUGACCACCAUCAUCGAGGAGGCUGAGGCGGCCCCCUCCCAAGGGGGCGGAGCCUCCGGGCAGCGGGAGCCCGGGCCCCAGGGGCCGGGCGAGGGGGCCGACGCGGGACCCUCCUCCGGCCAGGACGCCGAGGAUGCCGCGGACGCCGCCAGGGCCCUGCAGGAGCAGGCCCUGCGCGCCGCCACCAUGGAGGUGCGCGUCGGGCGGUUCCAGGGCCGGCGCGUCUCCGUGUGGGAGGUCCUCUUCUCCUCCUACCUGAGCCAGGCCCGCCGGGACGAGCUGCUGGCCCAGCACGCGGCCGGCGCCCUGGCCCUGCCCGCCCUGGUCGCCGUCCUCACCCAGCUCAUCGAGGAGACGGAGGAGCGGCUGAGCAAGGUGUCCUUCCGGGGCCUGAGGCGCCAGGUGUCGGCCUCCGAGCUGCACACGUCCGGGAUCCUGGGCCCCGAGACCCUGCGGGACCUGGCCCAGGGCACCAAGACCCUGCAGGAGGUGACGGAGAUGGACUCGGUGAAGCGCUACCUGGAGGGCACCAGCUGCAUCGCGGGCGUGCUGGUCCCCGCCAAGGACGAGCCCGGGCGCCAGGAGAAGAUGAGCAUCUACCAGGCCAUGUGGAAGGGCGUCCUGCGGCCGGGCACGGCCCUGGUGCUGCUGGAGGCGCAGGCGGCCACGGGCUUCGUCAUCGACCCCGUGCGCAACCAGAAGCUGUCCGUGGAGGAGGCGGUGGCCGCGGGCGUGGUGGGCGGCGAGCUCCAGGAGAAGCUGCUGUCGGCCGAGCGCGCGGUCACCGGCUACACCGACCCCUACACCGGGCAGCAGAUCUCCCUCUUCCAGGCCAUGAAGAAGGACCUCAUCGUGCGCGAGCACGGCAUCCGCCUGCUGGAGGCCCAGAUCGCCACGGGCGGCGUCAUCGACCCCGUGCACAGCCACCGCGUGCCCGUGGACGUGGCCUACCAGCGCGGCUACUUCGACGAGGAGAUGAACCGCGUGCUGGAGGACCCCAGCGACGACACCAAGGGCUUCUUCGACCCCAACACCCACGAGAACCUCACGUACGUGCAGCUGCUGCGGCGCUGCGUGCGCGACCCCGACACGGGGCUCUACAUGCUGCAGCUGGCCGGCCGGGGCUCCGCCCUCCACCAGCUGGGCGAGGAGCUGCGCGCCGCCCUGCGCGACACCCGCGUGACGCUGGGCGCCGGCCUCCCGCGGGGCCAGCGCGUCUCCGUGUGGGAGCUCCUCUUCUACCGCGAGGUGUCCGAGAGUCAGCGGCAGGACCUGCUGCGCCGGUACCGGGCGGGCUCGCUGACCGCGCAGGAGGUGGGCGCCGCCCUCGUCUCGCUGCUGGCCGAGGCCGAGGCCGAGGCCGCGCGCCCCGGCGCCCCGGACCCUCGGGGGGCGCUGCGUGCCGCCACCAUGGAGGUCCGGGUGGGCCGCCUGCGGGGGCCCGCGGUGCCCGUGUGGGACGUGCUGGCCUCCGGCUACGUGAGCGCCGCCACGCGGGAGCAGCUGCUGGCCGAGUUCGGGGCGGGGACGCUGGGCUUGCCCGCCCUGACCCGCAGGCUGACCACCAUCAUCGAGGAGGCUGAGGCGGCCCCCUCCCAAGGGGGCGGAGCCUCCGGGCAGCGGGAGCCCGGGCCCCAGGGGCCGGGCGAGGGGGCCGACGCGGGACCCUCCUCCGGCCAGGACGCCGAGGAUGCCGCGGACGCCGCCAGGGCCCUGCAGGAGCAGGCCCUGCGCGCCGCCACCAUGGAGGUGCGCGUCGGGCGGUUCCAGGGCCGGCGCGUCUCCGUGUGGGAGGUCCUCUUCUCCUCCUACCUGAGCCAGGCCCGCCGGGACGAGCUGCUGGCCCAGCACGCGGCCGGCGCCCUGGCCCUGCCCGCCCUGGUCGCCGUCCUCACCCAGCUCAUCGAGGAGACGGAGGAGCGGCUGAGCAAGGUGUCCUUCCGGGGCCUGAGGCGCCAGGUGUCGGCCUCCGAGCUGCACACGUCCGGGAUCCUGGGCCCCGAGACCCUGCGGGACCUGGCCCAGGGCACCAAGACCCUGCAGGAGGUGACGGAGAUGGACUCGGUGAAGCGCUACCUGGAGGGCACCAGCUGCAUCGCGGGCGUGCUGGUCCCCGCCAAGGACGAGCCCGGGCGCCAGGAGAAGAUGAGCAUCUACCAGGCCAUGUGGAAGGGCGUCCUGCGGCCGGGCACGGCCCUGGUGCUGCUGGAGGCGCAGGCGGCCACGGGCUUCGUCAUCGACCCCGUGCGCAACCAGAAGCUGUCCGUGGAGGAGGCGGUGGCCGCGGGCGUGGUGGGCGGCGAGCUCCAGGAGAAGCUGCUGUCGGCCGAGCGCGCGGUCACCGGCUACACCGACCCCUACACCGGGCAGCAGAUCUCCCUCUUCCAGGCCAUGAAGAAGGACCUCAUCGUGCGCGAGCACGGCAUCCGCCUGCUGGAGGCCCAGAUCGCCACGGGCGGCGUCAUCGACCCCGUGCACAGCCACCGCGUGCCCGUGGACGUGGCCUACCAGCGCGGCUACUUCGACGAGGAGAUGAACCGCGUGCUGGAGGACCCCAGCGACGACACCAAGGGCUUCUUCGACCCCAACACCCACGAGAACCUCACGUACGUGCAGCUGCUGCGGCGCUGCGUGCGCGACCCCGACACGGGGCUCUACAUGCUGCAGCUGGCCGGCCGGGGCUCCGCCCUCCACCAGCUGGGCGAGGAGCUGCGCGCCGCCCUGCGCGACACCCGCGUGACGCUGGGCGCCGGCCUCCCGCGGGGCCAGCGCGUCUCCGUGUGGGAGCUCCUCUUCUACCGCGAGGUGUCCGAGAGUCAGCGGCAGGACCUGCUGCGCCGGUACCGGGCGGGCUCGCUGACCGCGCAGGAGGUGGGCGCCGCCCUCGUCUCGCUGCUGGCCGAGGCCGAGGCCGAGGCCGCGCGCCCCGGCGCCCCGGACCCUCGGGGGGCGCUGCGUGCCGCCACCAUGGAGGUCCGGGUGGGCCGCCUGCGGGGGCCCGCGGUGCCCGUGUGGGACGUGCUGGCCUCCGGCUACGUGAGCGCCGCCACGCGGGAGCAGCUGCUGGCCGAGUUCGGGGCGGGGACGCUGGGCUUGCCCGCCCUGACCCGCAGGCUGACCACCAUCAUCGAGGAGGCUGAGGCGGCCCCCUCCCAAGGGGGCGGAGCCUCCGGGCAGCGGGAGCCCGGGCCCCAGGGGCCGGGCGAGGGGGCCGACGCGGGACCCUCCUCCGGCCAGGACGCCGAGGAUGCCGCGGACGCCGCCAGGGCCCUGCAGGAGCAGGCCCUGCGCGCCGCCACCAUGGAGGUGCGCGUCGGGCGGUUCCAGGGCCGGCGCGUCUCCGUGUGGGAGGUCCUCUUCUCCUCCUACCUGAGCCAGGCCCGCCGGGACGAGCUGCUGGCCCAGCACGCGGCCGGCGCCCUGGCCCUGCCCGCCCUGGUCGCCGUCCUCACCCAGCUCAUCGAGGAGACGGAGGAGCGGCUGAGCAAGGUGUCCUUCCGGGGCCUGAGGCGCCAGGUGUCGGCCUCCGAGCUGCACACGUCCGGGAUCCUGGGCCCCGAGACCCUGCGGGACCUGGCCCAGGGCACCAAGACCCUGCAGGAGGUGACGGAGAUGGACUCGGUGAAGCGCUACCUGGAGGGCACCAGCUGCAUCGCGGGCGUGCUGGUCCCCGCCAAGGACGAGCCCGGGCGCCAGGAGAAGAUGAGCAUCUACCAGGCCAUGUGGAAGGGCGUCCUGCGGCCGGGCACGGCCCUGGUGCUGCUGGAGGCGCAGGCGGCCACGGGCUUCGUCAUCGACCCCGUGCGCAACCAGAAGCUGUCCGUGGAGGAGGCGGUGGCCGCGGGCGUGGUGGGCGGCGAGCUCCAGGAGAAGCUGCUGUCGGCCGAGCGCGCGGUCACCGGCUACACCGACCCCUACACCGGGCAGCAGAUCUCCCUCUUCCAGGCCAUGAAGAAGGACCUCAUCGUGCGCGAGCACGGCAUCCGCCUGCUGGAGGCCCAGAUCGCCACGGGCGGCGUCAUCGACCCCGUGCACAGCCACCGCGUGCCCGUGGACGUGGCCUACCAGCGCGGCUACUUCGACGAGGAGAUGAACCGCGUGCUGGAGGACCCCAGCGACGACACCAAGGGCUUCUUUGACCCCAACACCCACGAGAACCUCACGUACGUGCAGCUGCUCCAGAGGGCUACUCUUGACCCUGAAACGGGCCUCUUAUUUCUUUCUCUCAGUGGAAAAUGAUCAUUCAUCGUCCUGAGAAAUUUUUUUCUUCUUUUAAUAAUUGAUUCCAUUUUGUUUUUUAAUUUUUGUCGUGAUAUCUCUGUUCAUUAUAUUUUACUUUCGUGUUAAUUACCUUCCUGUCUUUCACCUAGUUUUGAUUGUAAUCGCUUAUAUUUGUCUAUUUCCAUUAAAGUCAUGACCUUCAUCGUCUA